GGGCGGCCCCGGCCGGGGCGGUGCCCGGAGCCGCGCGGCGCGGCCGGGAGCGGAGCGGGGCCGGAGCGGGACGGGGCAGCGGCGGAGAGAGGUUAUCAGGAGCGUUUACCCAGGCUCAGCUCCCACCUUGCUGUUUGCACUGGAGAAGCGUAUUGACAUGAAAAGUAAGGAGUUGUAUUAGCAAACGUUGAUCGGCGCUGGGGCAGGCAGGCGUUGCCCAAGUUCAGGCAUCUGCUGAGAUUGUGGCGUGUUAUUUGGAGCUUUCAGCAAGACACUGGGCUACCGUGAGGCUGGGAAGGCUGUCACUGCUGCAGGAGGUAAAAUAAGAACAUGGCAUGAUGUCCUUUGGAAAAGGAGGAAUUUGGGGGCCAGGAGCAUGAAGUGCCCGUGCUGCUCUGUCCUGCCCACCUGCUCGUGUCUCCCCAGCGAUGGCAGCCAUCAGGAAGAAGCUGGUGAUCGUGGGAGAUGGUGCCUGUGGGAAGACAUGUCUGCUGAUCGUGUUCAGCAAAGACCAGUUCCCCGAGGUCUACGUGCCCACGGUGUUUGAGAACUACAUUGCUGACAUAGAGGUGGAUGGCAAGCAGGUUGAGCUGGCGCUGUGGGACACGGCAGGACAGGAGGACUAUGACAGGCUGCGGCCCCUCUCGUACCCAGACACAGACGUCAUCCUCAUGUGCUUCUCCAUCGACAGCCCAGAUAGCCUCGAGAACAUCCCUGAGAAGUGGACGCCUGAGGUGAAGCACUUCUGCCCCAACGUGCCCAUCAUCCUGGUGGGGAACAAGAAGGACCUGCGCAACGACGAGCACACGCGCCGGGAGCUGGCCAAGAUGAAGCAGGAGCCGGUGAAGCCAGAGGAGGGGAGGGACAUGGCCAACAGGAUCAACGCCUUUGGCUACCUCGAGUGCUCGGCCAAGACGAAGGAAGGGGUGCGGGAGGUGUUUGAGAUGGCCACCCGGGCUGGCCUGCAGGUGCGCAAGAACAAGAAGCGCAGAGGCUGCCCGCUGCUGUGAGCAGCCCCUGCCGGGGGCACUGCUGGCACACAGCCCCAGCAGCACCUCGUGGUGCCACCACCUGCCCCGAGCCCUUUGCACCAGAGCUGCCACCCAGGCUCACAGGGUGUCCCUGCGACAUUCCAGGGCCAUGAGGGGCCAGUGCCUUCAGCACCUGCUGCUCUCCGUGGGCCGGUGCUUGUGUUGCUCCCCGCGUCGCCCCGUUUUGUACUGAGCUCCCCGGUUUUGCCUUUCCCACGGGCAUUGCUGCGGGGUUCCCUCUCUUUCCCCAGCUCUGGGCAGUGCCACAGGAGCAGGAGGUGCGGGUCGCAGCUCAUGUGGGGGGUGUGCCAGGCCCUGGGUGUGCUGUGGCCGUGCAGGCAGCACACAGCAGUGUUGCAGACUUGCCCGGGCAGUUUCAGCCCUGUCUGAGCAGAGCUGGGCUCAGCUGCUGCCAGCUCUCCUCCCGGGACGCGUGCCCAGCUCUGCCGGCAUCGCCGCCGUGGAGUCUGCCUCGGCCGUGGGCUUGGCAGCACUAAACCCACUGCAUAAUUGGGAGAAUAAAUGCAAACUGGUAUUUUAGUAAUUGUAA